AUGCUGUCCCGUACUCAGUUCUUGACCAACACUGCCUCCCGCGUCUAUUUGCAGAAUGCUCAACGAAUGGCUCACGUGAGGAAAAUUUUUAAAUAUUUUCUUACUAUUAAAACUUUUUAGGGCUCGGAGAAAGGUGUCCUCGGAGCCGCUAUCGACAAAACCAAAGAAAUGGCUUCGGACGCCAAGGAAAGAAUGAAGGAUGCGUACAACUCUGUCGCUGGCCAGCAAGACUUCCAAAACAAGUCCUACGCCGACGCAACAUCUGAUAAGGUCAGAACUAAACUGCCCUUUGGCGUCCCAGAAGAUAAGCAAACAAAAGAAAACAUUCAAAGCAAUAAUAAUCUUCCCUUCCCCUCGCUAAACUGUUGAUUUCAGUCAAAAGACCUGCGUGAACAGGCCUCGUCAACCUGGGAAAACCUGAAAGACAAGGCUGCGGACCUGAAGGAAAGCGUCAAAGAAAUCGCCCAGGACGGCAAGGAGAAAGUCCAGAGCGGCUAUCGGCAGAUGAAAGAAGACGCCGCCGAGCAAUGGGACGCCAUAAAAGGAACUCCCGAGGAAACUCGACAGGCGCGCGAUUUCCGAGAACGGGCCGGCGAGCAGCUCAAAAAAUCUGGCCGCGACAUCCAAAAGCGCCAGUGA